AUGUCUUCAUUAGAGAAAAAUAUGAUGAAAAAUAGACUACCACCCCGAAUGCCGAGAACGUCAGGCAUUUCUAAACUUGCACCAUUCGGUAUUUCUCGCCGCAAAGAUUACACACCUGUGUCGUGGAAGAAUUAUUUCGAGAAAUACGUUGAUAUUGAGAUAGACGCGGGAAUCUUCAGAGUGUACCUGUCCCCUCAGCCUGAUCAUCCACAAAGGCCUAGAAUCGUGACUUUACACGGCGGCGGAUACUCUGGCUUAAGCUGGUCUCUAUUCACAGAGGAAAUUACAAACAUGAUACACUGUCAAGUAGUGUCUAUAGACAUACGAGGACACGGAGAAACAAAGGCCAUUGACCCUGAUGAUUUAAGCAUUGACACUUUGGUCAAAGAUGUAGAACAAGUUCUUCAUAAACUAUUUGGUUCAGAGCUCCCACCUCUAAUUCUCCUCGGUCAUUCAAUGGGUGGGGCCAUCGCUGUUCGUACUGCUCAUAUACCAUCGUUACAACUGGCAGUACAAGGAGUCGCUGUGAUAGAUUUGAGUACAGCAAUGGAGGCGUUGGCUAGUAUGCAGAGUUUUCUAAGAAGUCGACCAACACACUUCAAGAGUAUAGAACAUGCUAUAGAAUGGUGUAUUAGGAGUGGUCAAGUGAGGAAUGUCGAGUCAGCCCGGGUGUCCAUGCCUAGUCAAAUUGUGAACUGCGUCACUGGUGAACUAGCGACCAACGAAGUUGAAGAUUACAAAGCCGUCGAAUCCCCGCUGGAGCCGGGCGUGAGGGGGGGCAGGGAUGACGUCAUAGCCGAGGAGGGGGAGGGAGACGUGGAGGGAGCGGAGAGGGGGGAGGGGGCGCAGUUCACGAAGCCGUCACCUGUAGAUGGAAAUAUGAGGUAUCGUUGGCGUGUUGAUCUAUCUCGUUCUGAGCGUCACUGGUCGGGUUGGUUCAGUGGUCUAUCAGGAUCAUUCCUCUCUACUCCCGCCCCCCGACUUCUGCUGCUGGCUUCCGUAGAUGGAUUAGACAGGGACCUCACUGUCGGACAGAUGCAGGGCAAAUUCCAGAUGCAAGUUUUAACGAGAUGUGGUCAUGCUGUUCAUGAGGACACGCCUUCAGAGGUAGCUCGCGUGGUCGCGUCGUUCGCGUUACGUCACCGUCUCACAAUCCCGACCGAGUCCGGGGAAGAAAUGAACCUAAUCUCAGCCCCCGGAUGUUAA